AUGGUCGAGGAGCUUGAAAAAUCGGAAUGGCGGGAUGGACUUCGGGGGAAUCUGGACCGGGGAGGGGGUGGUGUUUCGGUGGGAGGGCCCUCCUUCAAAGUUGGACUCGCCCUCUCCCGCCAGCUCCGGGCCAAAGGUUACGGCCUGUUCCCGGGAAUCAGAGUCAUCCCUCCCGAUGAUUUCGCACCAGCUGCCGGGCAGGGGAUUAAGGGGCUGGAUUCGUCGGAGGGGAGGGGAGAGAUUAGGGGGAUCACCUCCAUCGGCCCCGGAUCCGCCAUUUCCCUGGGGACUCCUGGAGGAGCAGUGCCGACGACCGUCCCGGGGUCUGCAGGCUGCGGGGAAGGGUCCCGGGGUGGCAGCCGGGGGCGGAGGUUGAUGCCCCUUCUGGCUCCGGGCAUCAUGCCCCGGGCGGAGGCGUUGUUGCUGCUGCCGCUGCUGCUCCUUACCUCCUCACGGCCUGCCCGGGCCCAGACCGGAAUCCCCCUGGACACGGUGAAGCGGUGGGCCGACUCUUUUGGUGGGGAGCUGCAGGCCCUCGUCACCAAGUACUCUGGAUCCCUUCUGCUGCUGAAAAAGUACAAAGACGUGGAACCUUCGCUGCAGAUCAAGGAGGUGGACGGCUGGGAGCUGGUCAGGCAGUUCUCAGAGGACAUGGAGAGCAUGUUGGGGCGGAAGGUCGAAGCCGUUCAGCGGCUGGUGGAGGCUGCGGAGGAGGCUGAUCUGAAUCACGAAUUCAACGCUUCCCUGGUGUUCGACUACUACAACGCGGUGCUCAUCAACGAGAAGGACGAGAAGGACGAGUUCGUCGAGCUCGGGGCCGAGUUCGUGCUGGAGGCCAACGAACACUUCAGCGACCUGUUGGUCAACACGUCGGUCAGCAACGUGCAGCUGCCCACCAAUGUCUACAACAAAGACCCCAACAUCCUGAAUGGUGUCUACAUGUCCGAAGCCCUGAACCCCGUCUUCGUGGAGAACUUCCAGAGAGACCCCACGCUGACCUGGCAGUACUUUGGCAGCUCCACUGGCUUUUUCAGGCUUUAUCCGGGGAUAAAGUGGACACCGGACCAACGGGGAGUCAUCUCUUUUGACUGCCGGAACCGCGGAUGGUACAUCCAGGCCGCCACCUCCCCCAAGGACAUCGUGAUCGUGGUGGACGUCAGCGGGAGCAUGAAAGGGCUACAGAUGACCAUCGCCAAGCACACCGUCGCCACCAUCUUGGACACGCUCGGGGAGAACGACUUUGUCAAUAUCAUCGCGUACAGUGACUACGUCCACUACCUCGAGCCCUGCUUCCAGGGGAUCCUGGUCCAGGCCGAUCGAGACAACCGAGAGCAUUUCAAGCAGCUGCUAGACGAGCUCCAGGCGAAGGGGGUGGGCUCCGUCAGCAAAGCCCUGCGAGAAGCCUUCACCGUCCUACAGCAGGUCCGGGACGCCGGUCAGGGGGCCCUUUGCAAUCAGGCCAUCAUGCUGAUCACGGACGGGGCAGUGGACGGCUAUGAAUCCAUCUUCGAGAAAUACAAUUGGCCGGGACGCAAGGUCCGGGUGUUCACUUAUCUCAUCGGGAGGGAGGUCAGCUUCGCGGCCAACGUGAAAUGGAUCGCGUGCAACAACAAAGGCUACUACACGCAGAUCUCCACGCUGGCGGACGUCCAGGAGAACGUCAUGGAGUAUCUGCACGUGCUCAGCCGCCCCAUGGUCAUCAACCACGACCAUGACAUUAUCUGGACCGAGGCCUACAUGGACAGCACCCUUUUCGCCUCUCAGGCCCAGAGCCUGCUUCUCAUGACCACCGUGGCCAUGCCGGUCUUCAGCAAGAAGAAUGAGACGAGGUCUCACGGCAUCCUCUUGGGCGUGGUGGGCUCGGAUGUGCCCCUGAGGGAGCUACUGAAGCUGGCACCCCGCUACAAGCUGGGCGUCCACGGCUAUGCCUUCCUCAACACCAAUAACGGCUACAUCCUCUCCCACCCUGACCUGCAGCCCCUGUACCAGGAAGCGCAGAAGUUGAAGCCCAAACCUAAUUACAACAGCGUGGACCUCUCUGAGCUGGAGUGGGAAGACAGAGACGGAACACUGAGGACGGCCAUGAUUAACGGCGAGACCGGCUACCUGGCCAUGGAUGUGAAAGUCCCCAUAGACAAAGGGAAGCGAGUUCUGUUCCUGACCAACGACUACUUCUUCACGGACAUCGCCAGGACACCGUUCAGCCUGGGGGUGGUCCUGUCCCGCGGCCAUGGGGAAUACAUUCUGCUGGGGAACACCUCAGUGGAAGAAGGUUUGCAUGACCUACUGCAGCCGGAUCUCAGUUUGGCCAAUGAAUGGAUCUACUGCAUCACCGAUAUCGAUCCGGGUCAUCGGAAACUCAGCCAGCUGGAGGCGGUCAUCCGCUUCCUAAGGGGUCAAGAGCCGGACCUGCAAUGUGACGAAGAGCUGGUGCAGGAGGCCCUGUUUGACGCUGUGGUCACCGCCCCCAUGGAAGCCUAUUGGACGGCGCUGGCCCUCAACCUGUCCGAAGCAUCCCAGGACGGGGUGGACAUGGCGUUCCUGGGCACUCGGGCCGGCCUCAUGAGGAGAAGCCUGUUCGUCGGGGCCGAGAAACUCUCCGACAGGAAGUUCCUGACGCUUCAGGACAAGGCGAGCAUCUUCACCAUGGACCAUUUCCCGCUGUGGUACCGCCGCGCUGCCGAACAUCCCGCCGGCAGCUUUGUCUUCAGCGUCCCCUCCGCACCAGAGAGCGGCGGCGACGGCCAGCCUACAGUGGUGACGGUCAGCACAGCAGUGGCAGUGACGGUGGACGGGAAGACGGCCAUCGCGGCAGCCGUGGGGGUGCAGAUGAAGCUGGAGUUCCUGAGGCGCAGAUUCUGGGCUGCUACGAGGCAGUGCAGCCGUGCGGAUGAACGCUGCCCUCUGAGCUGCCAGGACAGUGACCUGACUUGCUUCAUCAUCGAUAACAACGGCUUCAUCAUCAUCUCCAAGGAGCCCCACGAGACCGGAAGGUUUCUCGGGGAGGUGGACGGCUCCAUCAUGAGCCAGCUCGUCUCCAUGGGGAUGUUCCGCAGGGUGACCAUGUACGACUACCAGGCCAUGUGCAAGAUGGCAUCCCCUCACUACAGUGGAGCCCGGACCCUGCUCAGUCCCCUUUUGGCUGCGGCCGCUACUGUGAGGUGGCUGGUGACGGAACUUUUCCUGGUCCUCGUGGAGUGGAUCGCCUGGGGCCCGGCCCGGGACGGAGGAGGAGCCGAGGCCAAGGCCGUGUUCCACCACUCCCACCGGCCCCGGAAACAGGAGCAGCUGCAGCCCUGUGACACCGAGUACCCGGUGUUCGCCCACGAGACGUCGGUGCGGGAGGCCCACGGCGUCCUCGACUGCGGGAGCUGCCGCAAGGGGUUGGUAGCCCAACAGGUGCCCGGCAGUAACCUCCUCCUGCUGGUGACCGAUGCCGCCUGCCGCUGUGACCGCUUCCCGCCAGUCCUGCAAGAGCCCACCCAAGUCCGCUAUAAUGCGUCGGUCAAGUGCGAGCGACUGCGGACCCAGAAGCCGCGCCGCAGGCCGGACACGUGCCACGCCUUUCACCCGGAGGAGAACGCGGAAGAUUGUGGGGGCGGCGCGUACACGGCCCCAACGCUGCCUCUGCUCCUGUUGCCGCUGCUGCUGCUGCCGCCCUGACCGGCCACCCCUUCCCUCCCCAACGGCGACCCCCGAACUUCCACCAGCCUCACAGCACCCCCGGGGCUCCGCCCGCGGCCUACCCGCCCUCUUGCCUCCACUCACCCCCUCCCCAUCGGCGCCCCCCGGCACGGCACCCCCCUCGCGUCCCUCUGCGGUCCGUCAUCCUCCUCUCCUAGCCGCCCCCCAUCACCUAAGUCGGGGUGACCUCCAGCCAGAACCUCAGCCCAACACCGGCCCCCACCUGAAGCCUGCACGAGGGGGCAGGGGGAGGCCUGGGAGACCCCCCACCCCUACAAAUGCGGGCCCUCCUUGGGUGUCACCCCUCGCCGGGGUCUCUGGGCAAGGAGACCCACCAGCUCUGCCCCCACCAACACCCACUCCCUAGUCCAUGGAGGGCAGGGGGGCGGGGUGGGGGAAAAGGGAGGCACUGCCUACCACGGGGGCCGGGACCACUAAACCAUCGCCUCGAAGGCUGGGAUCCGAUCUACUCAUUCGAUUGUAUUGUCCUCUCCCAACGUUCUGCACACAGUAAGCACUCAAUAAAUGCCCUUGAUAGAUCGA